UCUUUUGUUUUUGUCAUUCAAUAAACUAAGUCAUUCAUUCAUUUGUAAAUGUGUGAUCAUCAUCAUCAAAAAUGUUCAACAAUCGGUCACCAUUAUCAUCAUCAUCAUCAACAAUGGCUAGAAAUUCGUUCAGUAGGAUUAGUGAUUAUUUAUGUGAAGAAAUUCUUAUGUAUCUUCCACCCGAAGAUAAAAUUCGAUUAGAAUUUGUAUCACAACAAUUUAAACGAACCAUUUUUAGACGACAAUAUCGAUUUGUUAUAGCACCAAGCUGUAAUGAAUGGUCAAAAGUAAAAAAUAUUCUUCUAAAACGUUUUGUUGGUGAUUUUAAUGUUAUACAUAAGAUUGAUAUUCAAUUAUUCGAUAAAAUUUUAUCAAAAUUUCGUUACAUCGAUGAUUUCGCCAUCCAUUACAAUCUUGAUACAUCAAACAUGGAUGAAAUAUUUGAAUGUUUGAUGCGUCAUUGUGUUCGAAUACGAAGAAUGGAUGCUAAUUUUUUCAAUGUAAGCGAAAAAACAUUGGAUGCUUUUGGCAAACGAUUUGGUCACAGUCUUCGUGUUGUUAAAUCAAGCAUUGUGAGCAAUACAAAAAUUCCAAAUAGUUUUGCUCUAUUAAAACAUUGUUCAAAUUUAGUUUCAUUAAAUGGUUCGGAAUUUUUGAAUGAAAAAUUAUGGAAUAAUGUUUUCAAUACAAUUCUUGAUAAUGAUUAUACAAAUGAUGAAAAUAAUGUCGAAACAGAAGCCGUUGAAUAUUGUGAUGAAUUUUGUUUGGAAAAAGAAAAUUCUAAAGAUGUUGUAUUACCUAAUUUAAAAUCUUGUUAUUUAAAAGUGAUCAAUGAAGAAGGUGUUAAUCAAUUGGAAAAAUUUUCCGAUGUCUAUAUGAAUCGUUUGGAAAAGAUUAAAGUCGAGCUUGUUGAUUAUAUUGCACGACAUCAUUAUAUGGUUAAUUUUAUAUUUCCAUUAGGUAUUUGUAAAUUUCGUAAUCUACGUGAAUGUAUACUAACAUUAAAAUAUAAUGGUGGUUAUGAUGCUGAUUUUUUAUGGAUUAAUAACGGCCUGGAUGGUAUUGCACAAGAUUGUAAAAAAAUUCAACAUUUAGGUAUUGAUUUUAUUGGACAUCAAGAUUUUUUCAUCAAUCAUGUAUUACAGGCAUUAACCUGUUUCAAAACAUUACCUCAUCUUAGUAUAUCGAUAUCAAUGUAUAAUAAAGGUCUUAAUUUUCCUGUUAUGCCAUCAUUGAAUCAAUUAGAUCUUGCCUAUCCACGUUUAUAUCAAUGUACACAUCUCAAACAACUUGUCUAUAGUUUUCCCAAUUGUAAUGUUUUACAUUUACAACGAAUGUAUUUUUUCAAUGAUGUUCUACUUAAUUCAUUAAUUGGAUUGAAAAAAUUACAAACAUUAAGAGUUGGUGGUUUAUGUUCACCUGAUGUAUCUACUAUUGGUUUGAAAACAUUUUUAAAUGCUGCACCACAAAUACGAUCAAUUGGUUUUGAUACUAGACCAAAAAUCGAUACAAAAACAUUUGAAAUGAUUAUCGAUUUUGUACAAAAACAUGAAAAUAUUUAUUAUGAUUUUGAUUUUUGUCUACAAGAUUUUGAUCCAAAUGAAAAAAAAGAAUUUGAACAAUUUUUCAACAAUGUUCAACUGCCAAAAAAUUUAUCAAUUAAAUAA